AUGUAUACUAGUGAAAUUAUUGAAUAUACAAAUCGAAAUAAGAUGGAAGAAACAACUGCAAAAGUUUUUGCACGUUUACAUCAUAUGAAAAAUAUUUUAUGUAAAACAUUUAAAAAAACACCCCAAUUUUGUGGUGGUAUUUCUUCUCAUAAUGAAACAUAUUAUUCUAUGAUGAAUAACGAUGUUGAUAAAUUAUCGGAGCCGAUAUUUGAAACACUAACAAAUAUCAAAUCAGAUGAUACCAUCUCAUCUAUCAGUGCUGAUUCGUUAGAUUCUGGUGUGUCAACAUUAAGUGACUUUUCACACUGUUCAUUACUAUCUUCUUCAUCGUUGUCAACAUCAUUACUUAAUCGUACAACAGCAAUACCACAAUCAUUUCAUUUAAGGUGUGAUCCAUCAAUCAUUAAUUACGUAUCACAUAAUUUAUUAUCUAACCAUCGUUGGGAAUAUUUUCUCGAUGAAAUUGAUGAUCAUGAUAUUGAUGAAUCACCAUCGACACAAAUACCUUUAGCUGAAAGUAGUCGACGUAUCAUUCAUGAUAAUGAUCAGACUAUUGUUGCUGAUGAUGAAGAUGAACAGAUGGGACCAUUGACAUCAACAUUAGUCGAUCGAUGGUAUACGAUUACAAAAACAUAUUCGGCGAUAUUUCGUGAUGAUUUAAUGGUACGAAAAAAUGAACUAGUACAAGUACUUCGUUGUUCACAUCCACAUUGGGUUUGGGUACGCAAUGAAAAAAGUCAAGAAGGUUUUAUACCAACUGAUUGUCUUAUGGGUCUUAGUUGA